AUGGGCCGAAGAAAGAUUGAGAUUAAACCGAUCAAAGAUGAUCGUAACCGUCAAGUAACGUUUCUCAAACGUAAAGGUGGUUUGUUCAAGAAAGCGCAUGAGUUAUCCGUGCUCUGUAACGUUGACAUUGCCGUUAUAAUAUUCGGCGCCAACAAAAAGUUGUACCAGUUCUCAUCAGCAGACGUUCAGGAGAUCAUUAGUCGGCAUAGCUAUUAUGAAAACGCGCACGAACAUAAAGGGCCAGCCGAUUUUCAGGCCAAGGCGGACGCUGGUGAUGAUGACGAUGACGACGAUGUUGAUGAUGUCCCUCUAGAGAGAGAAGCUUCAGUGCUUCAUCAUCUACAUGCACCAUCCCAGAUGCACAAUAGGCAACACACUGCCUCUGCGUCCCCACCCAUACCUCCAAAGAACCUUGUAGGAGGACAAUAUCAAACGAUGCCUCAGAUGGUAGCGCGUACGACGCCACAGCCUUCGCGCCCCAACUCGCGAAACCAAAGGCGGGAUAGCUCAAAUCUAGUACCCCAGAAUCCUUACCCAACAUCCCAGGCUCAGCAACAGAACGGAUAUCCAGCAUAUGGCAUGCCAAACACUUCGGUUUAUAACCCGCAAACGAAUAGUUCAGUCAUGGGGAUGUCUGUGCAACAAGCACAGUCGUACCAAGCCUUCCAACAGCAGCAGCAACAACAGCAACAGCAGCAGCAGCAGCAGCAGCAGCAACCGCAAACACAGGCUCAAUCUCAGGCCCAAGUAUUCAUAGGUGAGGCCAAUAGGCGACAAUCUAUGCCGCCAGCUAUGCCUAUGCCAAUGCCACCGGCUUUUCCGUCGGGGCCGGACAGGAUGCCUUCUGAAGGGCCGCCGCGCAUUGACACGCACCCUGCCAGUGUCAUACAGAAGCGCGCUCCAGCAAAGUCUCGAAGUAUGUUCACCCCCGUGGGCCCUAGUGAUUCCCUACUUGCGCAACAUUUCUAUGGCGACCGGGUGCAAGGGUCACAACGAUCGCACUCUGUAGAUGUUGCUACCCUGUCAAGACCGGCCGCAAAUACAACUGUUCCAGAAAGCACAAAGCCCGAUAAUAUCUCAGAGUCCUCUCCAAAGCCUGCAAACACGAUCCCUCCCAUAACUCGCCAAGACUCGAUUCCACCGCCACCCUCUCGUACCAAUAGUAUGGUUUCCAAUUCCGGCAAACCGGGGGGAUCUAGACCUAGGCUUAAGGUGCAAAUUCCCAGUGAGCACUCAGACGCCGGUAGUGCUACCGGGGAAUCAUCUGCACAUGAAUCCUCGGGAACUACAGGAAACCAUUCGGCAAAGGGCGUGAACGAGGGAGGUCAUACUGUUCUUCCACCUCCUUCACCAAGUGUUGGAACUCUUUUGAGUGCAGGCGCCACUGGCCCGGUAAAUCCAUUUGCUCGUCCGCCCCCUACAACUGGACCAACUGAGCAAACCCCUAUAUCUGCUCUUCCUAGUCGUUUUGUGGAUCAUGGGUUGCUGCCGUCACCUUCGGUAUUCUAUGCGGAUUGGCCUGGUUAUAACCAUCGAGCCACUGAUAAUAUAUUGCCCAGCCCCAUCAACUACACUACACCAGUAGUAGGCACAGCAAGCAAUAUCUUCAAGGAUCCUCCAGAGAGCAAUGGGAAAAGGAAAAGCCCAUCUUCAUCGGACCAUGAGGAUGAGGGAGCCAUAUCGUCCUUUCAGAAACGUGUGAAAACAUAG